AUGGAACUACCCAGGCUAGAAGAGGAGACAUCAACCAAGCUCCCAUCAUCGUCACCAGCACAUGUUCAAGCGCCUGAAAAGCAACAAACAAGCCGGUGCGCAAGCAAAAUUUGGAGACUCAACUUCGCUUUUGUUCUCGGCAUCUUGAUCCGGGGCGUUGCUGGGUUGGUCCCGUCAAUUAUCCAUUAUAGCGGCCACCGACAGAGAUCUGCAGGUGGAGGAGGGCGGACUGCACCUGUUACUAUUGGUGGUCGCUUCACAAACAUUCAGGCCAAAGCAAUCGACUUGCUUUGUGCGAUUAUUCUGGCUCCACUCCUUAUGGUAGUCCUUGAUUAUGUUUGGUUCAGCAACGUCCGCGCAUCCGUCGUCAACAAGCAGUCUCCAGUACCACUGCCCUCCCUUGUCGAAGCUCGAAGCGAGUACCACAUCAGGUGGAAGUUUUGA